AUGUCCGACAACCAAGAGCAACAACCAGAAGUCAAGCCAGAUGUCAAACCAGAUGUCAAGUCAGAAACUCACAUCAAUUUGAAAGUGUCGGACGGGUCCUCAGAAAUCUUCUUCAAGAUUAAGAGAACAACCCCUUUGAAGAGAUUAAUGGAAGCAUUCGCCAAGAGACAAGGUAAGGAAAUGGACUCCUUGAGAUUCCUGUACGACGGUAUCAGAGUCGGUGCCGACCAAACCCCUGAAGAUUUAGACAUGGAAGACAACGAUAUAAUUGAGGCCCACAGAGAACAAAUCGGUGGUGCUUCUCUAUAG